AUGGUGAGCAGAGAAUCUCCAACAAUAAUUGCCAAAACAACUACUCCCCUGGAGAAGGAUCAGGGGUCAGCCACCCUAUCAAAAGGAUCGCUAGGCCGUGCUUUCGCAGUCCGUGCUCGUACUGAGAGUCCGGAUCAAGCCAGCAUUUGCCCUUGGGCUCUACACGUGGUUUCUGUCCACGCUGAGCUGACCUUGGGACAUCUGCGUUAUCGUUUGACAGAUGUACCGCCCCAGUCAAACUCCCCAUCUGGCUCUGUCCUCGGAACGGGUCGCGACGCGCGCCGCGAGCGGCGGCGACGACCGCCCCCGCGCGGAGAAGCCCCUUUCGCCCCCCGGGGAGGCGGCCGCUCUUGUUCAUGUCACUUGCAGUCUAAAAUCGGUAGAGGCAUAGGGAAGACGGGCAGGAGGAGGGCGCGGCUAAGCCCCGGGGGGCCGCCGGCCCGCUCGCAUGCCCGAACCCCGUCACGCCUCCCGCUCCCGCAUCACCGAGUAAGUAGAGAGACGACCAGAGUAGUGGUAUUUCAUCGUCGGGCGCGUGAGCGCCCUCCCACUUAU